GCGGCUUAGAGGACAACUUAGCCGUCCAGGAACUCUACUCGCAAGAUUAUCAAAAUGCAUCUCCCUGACCUGUUCAACUCGGCAUCUUACAUCGUUCUCUUUGCGCUGGCAGUGCAGAUAGGGGUGGCCAUAUACCGGCUCACUCUGCAUCCACUGGCCAAGUUCCCAGGGCCAAAGUUGGCCGCGGCGUCCGAACUAUACGGCAUCUACUAUGACAUAUGGAAGAAAGGAAAAUACGUGAAACGAUACCCCGGACUUCACAAGAAAUAUGGCCCGAUUGUGAGAACUCAUCCCAAUGAGAUCCACGUCUUCGACACGGAAGCGUACAACACCGUCUUUCGAAUCGGAACGCCGUUUGACAAGCAGCGUGAGUUCUACGAUAAUCCCUUCGGGGAAGGCUCCCAUUUCAACAUGAGCGGCUUGAAACCUGCCAAAGCCCGCCGCGACAUGCUUGCACCGCAUUUCUCAACCAGUGCCAUCCGCGAGAUUGAGCCCCUUCUCCGACAGUCAAUCUCCAAGUUCGUGGGUAUUCUCAGGGACUACGCACAGGGGAAGAGCCCGGUUGACCUUACCCUGGGCCUUCACUGCCUGACAACUGAUAUCACGAUGGGGUACGUGUUUGGCAAGCCCUUUGAAGCCUUGGAUGCUCCGGGAUUCAAGUUCGAACCGGUGGUUGUCAUGGACGAUGCUCUUUUUUUCAUUGUGAUCCAGCGGACGUUUCACGCCAUAUGUCGUCCCAUCAUGUCUGCUUUCAUGAGGAUGCCGGUAGUGAGGGAGCUUCACCCUUUGCUGGCUGCUCCUGUCAGACUUCAAGAUAGAUGCCGCCAGCUGGUCCUCGACCUCAUCAACCGGAGUGACGCAGGCGAAUCUCGAACACCAACUGUUUUCGACACCAUGUUGUCCCCGAGCAAGGAGAAAGGCCAAGAGACACCAUCUGUCGCCGAUCUCACUGCCGAAGCCAUGGUGUUACUCAUUGCCGGAGAGGAAACGACCGCAAAUACCCUAAUGCAAGGAAUAUUCCACGUUCUCCAUGACCAGACGAUCUUGGAAAGGCUUCAGAAGGAGCUGAGAGAAGCAUUCCCAGAUGACGACGACGUGAUCACGCAGGAGACUCUCGAGAGCAUGCCGUAUCUGCGGGGCGUUGUGAAGGAAUCUCUACGUUUUUCCCACGGCGCCCCUGGACGACUCCCCCGAGUUACGCCGGCCUGUGGUGCAAAGAUUUGUGGCCAGUAUAUUCCACCCGGGACACCGAUUUCAAUGUGCCACUUCGUUUACAACACGGAUGAAACAAUUUUCUCCGACCCCUUCGAGUUCAGGCCAGAACGAUGGCUAGGCGACGACUUUCAUCACCUGGAUCGUCAUUUGAUUUCCUUUUCUCGUGGUUCUCGUGGUUGUAUUGGUAUUACUCUCGGCUACGCGGAACUAUAUCUGAUCCUCGGACACAUCUUCCGCAAACUCAACCUCGAUCUGUAUAACACUACCAAAGCGGACAUGGAAUGGGAUGACUUAUAUGCUGCAAAGACUCAGAAACAUUUGGAGGUCAUGGUGUCAAGUGCAUGA